AUGGACGAUUGGAUUGCUAGAGAAAGAAAUGGAAGAAUAAGCUGGAAGGACCAAACCCUAGACUCCAUUUCAGCGCCGCCAUUGUCGCUGCUUCUGUUCUUCCUCCUCGUCAUUACCUUACUUUACUUGAAUACCCUCAGCGAGGUCGCCGAGAGGAUUGAGACCAAGAGAGCCGGGUUGAGGCUGCGCCUCCUCCUGCUGCCGCUCGCGGUGGCUCUUUUGCUCGUGCUCAACACGCUCCGCCGCAGGGUGCUCCAAUACGACGUCGCCGGCCGGCCUCUCAGUCAGAUCGCCGAGGACUGCACUGCCGCCUCCGGCGUGCUGCUUUUUCUACUGCUGCUGCUGCUCUUGGUUUACUACAAGCCGUCCUUUCAAUUUGCAUGGUUUCGAAUCUUCUAG